AUGACUUUCCAGGAGCUUAUUGGGUCACAGGGACUACCGAGUACCACCCUGGCAUCUAAAUUUCCUUUGGUCCCAAUCUACGGAUCCUCCCAUGUCCUCCUUUGGUUCCAGAAACCUGUAACGACCUUUCAGGACGUUAUUGGGUCACGAGGACCUCUGAGUACCACCCUGGCCCCUGACUGCCCUUUAGCCCCAGACUUGAACCCAAUUGAGCAUCUGUGGGACCUCCUCAAUGGUCGUGUUGGCUUUUUGGAUCCUCCCCUGGAUGUAGAAGUUCCAUGCGCUGUACCCGAGACAGACGACACCACAGAGGGAACGUCACGUGUGGUUGAGGACGUCUCUGAGCUGCACAAGUGCUAUGAGGUUUACAAAACCAUUGGAUCAGGUGGUUAUGCGACGGUCAAGCUCGGCAGGCACAUUCAGACUCAAGAGCCAGUGGCCAUCAAGAUCCUGGAGAAGAAAGAGCUCGGGGAUGAGUUGUCUGAUUUGAGGAUCGAGAUUGAAGCCCUGAAGAACCUCAAUCAUCAGCACGUGUGCCGCUUGUACCAAGUCAUGGAGACUGCUGACCAGAUCUACCUGGUUCUUGAGUUUUGUCCGGGUGGAGAUCUGUUCGACCACAUCGAUAAUAACGACAUGUUGUCGGAGGAGGAGACGCGCAGGAUCUUCCGUCAGAUCGUCUCGGCACUGGCCUACGUCCACAGCCAGGGAUACGCCCACCGUGACCUUAAGCCAGAAAACAUGAUGCUGGAUGAGAAGAACAACAUCAAGCUCAUCGACUUUGGUCUCUGUGCCAAACCAGAGGGUGGAUUGGGUACUGCUCUGAUUGAGGGCUGUGGAACCCCUCCCUACUUGGCACCAGAAGUCAUUGAUGAGCAACCCUAUCAUGGUGCAGAGGCAGAUGUUUGGAGCUUGGGUGUUGUCCUAUAUGUCAUGCUGUGUGGCUACCUCCCGUUCGACGGUGACAACUUUGUGGAGCUCCAUGAACAAAUCACUAAAGGACAUUUUGACACUCCUGACUGGCUGUCUCCUGGUUCUGUACUGCUGAUUAAGGAAAUGCUGCAGGUGGUUCCAGAGCAGCGCAUAAAGGUGGAGCAUCUGCUGGAUCAUGAGUGGGUAAUGAAGGGCUACAGCAGCCCUGUGGAAUGGCACAGCACAUGCCCGCUGGAUCAUCUAGAUGAGGAGAGCAUCACCGAGAUGGCUGUGAUGUUCAGACAGUCCAACCAAAGCACCAAGCAGCUGGUGUCUGAGUGGAAGUUUGAUCAGACCACAGCUACGUAUCUUUUGCUCUUGAGAAGGAAGCAGCGCAGUAGUCCAGUGUGUAGCUGAGUGGACGUGUAAGAAAUCCAGCAGGAGACGUUGUCGGCGCAUCAAGGAGGGACGAUGGUGGAGCCG